UCGUCGUCUGAUUGGCUCUGUGUGGACACGUGACGUGCCGUCACGUGAGCUGCGAAACAACAAUCCGUCCGCAAGGGUCAUGGCGGCAGCAGACGCGUCUUUUUUGAAGUUUUAACAAGUCUUAGCCCUAAAGGUCAUCAAGUGGUGAAAGUAGACGUGCAAACGCGGCCGAGCAAGACGACUUUAGACGGCUUGUGCGCGCGCGAUAGGCCAAGGUUUGACCGGAAGUGGACAAACAGUCUCUACGUCUGACUCAACCUGCGAGGUAAACAAGCUCGUCGAAGUAAAGUCGCUUGGAAUUCAGCGAGGAAGUGGCCCCGAUGGCGUCUUGACGGCCGCGCUCAUGUUCCCGAGGGAGGAGAUCCGGCAGUUUCAUCAGGGAGAGGCGGAGCCUCGGUGUCGCCACGCCCACUUCGUUUUGACGUCACCCGGCCCGAGCCACCUGCGGGUCGUUUCCGCCGGGCCACUGUAUUAGGUACGCCUGUCAAUAAAGCCCACUUCCUGCGCCCGCGCCAUGUCUCUGGAGGCGCCCGCGUCGGACUCUGCGCCGUUCUUGUCUGACGACGACAGCGAGGCGGAGGAGAGGGAGGAGGCGGCGGAGAGGGAGGAGCCUGCGAGCGGCGUGUCGGCCACGCGCGCGGUGGUGACGGUGCUGGUCCUGUGCUACAUCAACCUCCUCAACUACAUGGACAGGUUCACGGUGGCAGGCGUUCUUCCCGACAUCGAGCAUUACUUCGGGAUCGACGACGGCAAGUCGGGCCUGCUCCAAACGGUCUUCAUCUGCAGCUACAUGGUCCUGGCGCCGCUCUUCGGUUACCUGGGCGACAGGUACAACAGGAAGUGGAUCAUGAGCGGCGGCAUCGCCUUCUGGUCCCUGGUGACGCUCGCCAGCUCCUACACGCCCAAGGAGCACUUCUGGGCGCUGCUGCUGACCCGCGGCCUGGUGGGCGUGGGCGAGGCCAGCUACUCCACAAUCGCGCCCACCAUCAUCGCCGACCUCUUCGUCAAAGAGACCAGGACAAACAUGCUGUCUGUCUUUUACUUCGCCAUCCCGGUGGGCAGCGGUCUGGGCUACAUCGUGGGCUCGCAAGUCAGCAACGUGACGGAGGACUGGCACUGGGCGCUGCGGGUGACACCAGCGUUGGGGCUGCUGGCGGUGCUGCUGCUGCUCCUGGUGGUGCAGGAGCCCAAACGCGGCGCCAUAGAAGCCCGGCACCAACACCAGCUGCACCGGACCAGCUGGCUGAGCGACCUGCGGGCCCUGAGCACCAACACCUCCUUCAUCUUGUCUUUGUUUCCCCGGCACCUCCUUCAUCUUGUCUUUGUGUCCUCAACACCACCAUCAUCUUGUCUUUGUGUCCCCGGCACCACCUUCAUCUUGUCUUUGUUUCCCCGGCACCUCCUUCAUCUUGUGUUUGUGUCCUCAACACCACCUUCAUCUUGUCUUUGUGUCCCCGGCACCACCUUCAUCUUGUCUUUGUGUCCCCGGCACCACCUUCAUCUUGUCUUUGUGUCCUCAACACCUCCUUCAUCUUGUCUUUGUUUCCCCGGCACCACCUUCAUCUUGUCUUUGUUUCCCCGGCACCUCCUUCAUCUUGUGUUUGUGUCCUCAACACCACCUUCAUCUUGUCUUUGUGUCCCCGGCACCACCUUCAUCUUGUCUUUGUUUCCCCGGCACCUCCUUCAUCUUGUGUUUGUGUCCUCAGCACCUCCUUCAUCUUGUCUUUGCUUCCCCGGCACCUCCUUCAUCUUGUCUUUGUGUCCUCAACACCACCUUCAUCUUGUCUUUGUGUCCCCGGCACCUCCUUCAUCCUGUCUUUGUGUCCUCAACACCACCUUCAUCUUGUCUUUGUGUCCCCGGCACCUCCUUCAUCUUGUCUUUGUGUCCCCGCCACCUCCUUCAUCUUGUCUUUGUGUCCCCAGCACCUCCUUCUUCUUGUUUUUGUGUCCCCAGCACCGCCUUCUUCUUGUUUUUGUGUCCCCGGCACCUCCUUCAUCUUGUUUUUGUGUCCCCAGCACCUCCUUCAUCUUGUCUUUGUGUCCCCAGCACCUCCUUCAUCUUGUCUUUGUGUCCCCGCCACCUCCUUCAUCUUGUCUUUGUGUCCCCAGCACCUCCUUCUUCUUGUUUUUGUGUCCCCAGCACCGCCUUCAUCUUGUUUUUGUGUCCUCAACACCACCUUCAUUUGUUUUUGUGUCCUCAACACCACUUUAAUCCUGUAUUUGUGUCCCCGGCACCUCCUUCAUCUUGUCUUUGUGUCCUCAGCACCACUUUAAUCUUGUUUUUGUGUCCUCAGCACCACCUCAAUCUUGUUUUUGUGUCCCCAGCACCACAUGCUUUGCUUUGUGUCCUCGGCACCACCUUCAUCUUGUUUUUGUGUCCUCAGCACCACCUUAAUCCUGUCUUUGUGUCCCCGGCACCUCCUUCAUCUUGUCUUUGUGUCCCCAGCACCACCUUCAUCUUGUUUUUAAUGUCCUCAGCACCACUUUAAUCUUGUUUUUGUGUCCUCAGCACCACCUUAAUCUUGUUUUUGUGUCCCCAGCACCACAUGUUUUGCUUUGUGUCCUCGGCACCACCUUUGUCUUGUUUUUGUGUCCUCAGCACCACCUUAAUCCUGUCUUUGUGUCCCCAGCACCACAUUCAUCUUGUCUUUGUGUCCCCGGCACCUCCUUCAUCUUGUCUUUGUGUCCCCAGCACCUCCUUCAUCUUGUUUUUGUGUCCUCAACACCACCUUCAUCUUGUCUUUGUGUCCCCGGCACCUCCUUCAUCUUGUCUUUGUAUCCCCAGCACCACCUUCAUCUUGUUUUUAGUGUCCUCAGCACCACUUUAAUCUUGUUUUUGUGUCCUCAGCACCACCUUAAUCUUGUUUUUGUGUCCCCAGCACCACAUGCUUUGCUUUGUGUCCUCGGCACCACCUUUGUCUUGUUUUUGUGUCCUCAGCACCACCUUAAUCCUGUCUUUGUGUCCUCAACACCACCUUCAUCUCGUCUUUGUGUCCCUGGCACCUCCUUCAUCUUGUCUUUGUGUCCCCAGCACCUCCUUUAUCUUGUCUUUGUGUCCUCAAC